CGCUCGCACGCUCCUCCAGCCAAGCGGCUCCGUGGCGGUCGAGCUCCUCCUCGGGUCUUCUUCUUUCGUUGGCUCGGCCGACCACACGCGUCUCCCACGGCGCGCCCUGCCUUUCUCUGUCCCCUCCGUGCGACCCUCCUCUGCUCCAUCUCUGCGUGCCCAGAUUUUUUUUUGCGGCGGCUAGUGAUGGCAGAGGUGAACUCCGCUCGGCCAUGGGAGAGUUCACGCGCUCCCUCCAAGCCUCCUCCUCUGUGCACCGUCCCAGCUCCGCUCGGAGCUCUCUGCUCGAGCUCCUCUAGUUCGCGCACUCCUCCUUUCUCCUUCCCUGCUCGGCAUCCUCCACAGCUCAGAUCUCGCCCAUGGCGGAUCCCUCCACUCGACCGUCCAUCUCCCUCCCAGCGCCGUGCUCCUUUCUCCCAGCUCGCGAGCACGCUCCUUCCUUGCUGAGCUCGGUUCCAUGGCCGGCGUUCCUCUCCCUUCCUCGCCUUGCUCCUCUGCGCGCAGCCGCAUCCCUCUGCCGACCGUCUAUCUUCCUACUCGGAGCUCGCCCAGUUUCUUUUCCGGAUCGGACGCCGCACAGCGGUAUUGCUUCUCCUUGCUCCAGCUCGGCACCCACCUCUCUGUGCGUCCUGCAGCUCUGUUGCCGCAGUCUCGCCUUGUCUAUGUUGUAGCUCGUCGUCGUUCAGUUCGCCUUCAUCGCGUUGUCGUGCGCGCGAGACUGCUCGCUGUCAACCCUGCCCGGAUCUCGCUCGGCCACGACCCUAGUACUUUUCGGCGUCGGUGGUCCUCGACUAUGUCUUCGUCCAUGACACCAUCAACCGGUGUAUCUCCUUCGGUGUGUUGUUGGAUCCCUGCCUCGCCAUCAACUCUGAUGUCGCGACGUUCCUGUGUCGUGUUGGUCAUGCGCCAACCGCUCAACAAAAUAUGUUGUUGGAUUCCUCGUCGAGCACUGUAUCGCCAUGGCGCGGAUGCCCGCAUCCUCCAUCUUCGCGUCUUCUGGAUGUCAGCACGGCCUCUCCGCGUCGUCGGGCUCAUCGGCACGCUGCUCGUUCACACCUCACGCGUCCGCGAUGUCGUCACAUGUCUCCUUGCCAGCAGUGAACGCCCAGGAGAAGAAAUCCCAGAAGGUUUGUAUGGACGAUAAAUAAUCGUGUGAUGCGGGAGACAACCCAAGUCAACUCCAAGCGCGGGCUAAUCCGCAGGAUGACGCUAAUGGACAAACCUGAAGAUGUUCGCCAAGUGGACGUCGUCUAACACUAACCUAGUGUUACUCA